CCACGACCAAGGGGAUAAAAAGGUUUUUCUGGUCUUUGAGAACCAAGGACUCGCCUCUUCCUUUGACGACCACUUGGGCGACCUCCCUUUCGUUAAAAAGCCACCAAAAUCCCGGGGAAACCACUGCCAUCGAAGCCCAUUCUCGACUCGAACCAUGUCCUCUCAAAUCCAAACCCGCCGACGGGCAGACUCGUUCUCGGACUACAGCUCGCCCGACGCCGAAAAGGUCCUGUAUAUCCUGAAGGCUAUGGGACCCCAAGCCUUCUACGACCGUCUCAUGACCCAUCUCCAACCCGAAUCCGCAUCGGUUUCGAGCAACCACGACGCCCUCUUGGAGGCUCUGAAACUCAACGGCUUCGCUGGCGAGGUAGCCAAAGCCGAGGGCGCAGUUGAAGACGAUGAAGAGCGCCACUGUGUCCGAUGCCACGUCUCGUACCUCGAGAAGAACAACGCCAGGGACGCGUGCGUUAUCAAGCACGCUUAUCCAGUCGUGGGGAGCACCUCUGGCAGCAAUCUGGCGCAAGGACAGGCUCAGCAGAAGCCGUGUCCUUCGUGUCACUCCUCGCUGCCUUGCGCGAGUUCGUGCGUGGUGACCCCGACGUGCUUCGUCGGACGACACACCACCAACGCUCAAAGGGCGUAUGCCCAAAAGAGUCCCCUGGUCAAGACCUGCGACGAACUCAAGUGCGGUGAGGACACCGUCAAGGCGAUUGAGAAAGGUUUCAUAAUGGAGGCUCUUUCGCCCACCGCCCUCUCCAAGCCAAGUUCCUUCGAGUUCCAGUUCCAACCGGCGAUGUUUGGGGUGCAAAAAGAGAAUGACAAGCGCCCUCGGAAAUCCCUCCCAUUCACGCUGAGCAAGCCUGAAUCCGAGGCUUCGAGCUCGUCGGCGACCAAAUCUCCUCCGUCCGACACAUCAGCCUCCGCGAAAACUAGCACAGAGACUACGACCACCCAAAUCUCCCCCUCGUCAAGUGAAACUGAGCUGCCCGCCAAAGACGCUCCGCUCCGCCUGCCACCAGCACCAGCGGUCGGGGCAUGGGAGCUGCGAAGAUAUUCCCCUUCGGCCAACCGCGGGCGUGAAGUGGACACCCAACUGCCUCUAUAG